AUGGGGUAUGACUUCUGGCUGCGCACCAUUCCCCUUCAGAACGUCCUGCAGCUGCUCAAUGAUAUUCCUUUUGUUGGUGGCAGCUUGCCAUCUAAUGAUGGCAAGAAGAAGAAAAAUGGGAAGAAAGCAGGAAAAAAAGAUAAAGAUCCAGUCAACAAGAUCGGAGGCAAGGCCAAGAUGGUGAAGAGGGGUAAGGGAAAAGUAAGAGGCAAGCUAAACAACCAGAUUCUGUUUGAAAAAGCCACCUAUGAGGACGUAUCCAACUACAAACUGAUCACACCUGCAGUCAUCUCUGAAAGAUUAAAGGUCAGAGGUCUUCUGGCCAGACCUGCCCUUCAGGAACUCCUUACAAAGGGGGUGAUCAAGCCAGUGUGCAAAUGUAAUGUUCAAGUUAUCCAUACACAAAACACCAAGGGAGAGGAUGCACCAGUCGCUGCAGAUGAUGCAUAA